UUUGACUUAUCAUUUUGUGAUAAAUUCGUGAAAAUGUUAGCUCUCUGUAAAAGAUUAAUUUCUAAUAAUUUAAUUCGAAUUAAGUUAAAUCGGGGACUAUCUGAUUUUAAUAAUUUAAUUAUAAGUGAUGAGGUUAAGUCUGCUUUAAAUGAAGAUAAGCCUGUGGUGGCUUUAGAAUCGACAAUCAUCACACAUGGAAUGCCGUUUCCGCAGAACGUAAAGUGCGCUUUAGAGGUGGAAGCAGUCGUAAGAAACCAGGGUGGCAUUCCUGCAACUGUGGCAAUUACCAAUGGUCACAUUAGAGUGGGACUUACCGCAGAUGAAAUUACAAGACUUGGUGACAUCACAAUUAGUCAACCAAUCAAAACAUCUCGACGCGACUUGUGUUAUGUUGUCAGCACUGGCCGGAAUGGGGGAACCACGGUAUCGGGGACUUUACUCGUGGCUAGUAAAAUUGGAAUUCCGAUUUUUGCAACUGGGGGUAUUGGGGGGGUUCACAGAGGCGGCGAGAGGACAUUCGACGUUUCAGCGGAUUUAACCGAACUUGGUCGAAGUGGAGUCGCAGUCAUUUCGAGUGGAGUCAAAUCUAUUCUUGACAUUCCCAAAACACUGGAAUAUCUCGAAACCCAAGGGGUGUUUGUUGCGACAUUCGGGGGCGGAAAGGAUUUCCCUGCUUUCUACAGCAGGAAAAGUGGUUGUUAUGCCCCUUAUUCGGUGGAAACUGUGCAAGACGCUGCAGAGAUAAUUUAUAGAAACCGCGGUUUAGAUUUACAGUCGGGGAUGCUUUUUGCGGUACCUGUUCCAGAAAAAUUCGCCCUCGAUGAAAAUGUUGUAAAUGAUGUUAUAGAAGAGGCCUUAAAAGAUGCUACAAAGAGAGGGAUUGAAGGGAAAGAGAUAACUCCGUUUUUGUUAGGGAGGAUCGGGGAAAUCACCGACGGAAAGUCGCUGAAAACAAAUAUUGCCCUAAUUAAAAAUAAUGCAAAAACUGCCUCGCUCAUCGCCGUCGAACUUUCCAAGCUGAAGAAGAGGACGCCCAAUUCGUCCUUCCGGAGCAAGAAGGACACAAGAAAGGACUCGACUCCAGUGGUGAUUGGCGGUUCGAAUUUGGACGUUUCGGUCAAGGUGGACGUCGAGGAAAUCAAGUUGGAUGGCCGGAUCCAUUUUGGAAAAUCUAUGAUGAGUGGAGGAGGCGUGGCGAGGAAUAUUUGCGAGUCCCUUUUGAAAUUGGGGUUCCGGUCAAUCUUCAUGUCGGUCCUGGGCGACGAUCCGCAAGGGGAUAUCCUGAAAAAUUUCAUCCCGAAGGAUAAUCUGGAAGGGGUGAAGGUAUUGCAAGGUCGCAGCACGGGUCAGUGUACCAUCGUCCUGGACAGGAACGGUGAAUGCAAAUUCUUGGCAGGCGAUAUGGAAAUUCAUCAGCAUCUAACGCCGGAAAUGGUUUUAGAAAAUGAAGAAAUCAUCAAAAAAACACCUUUAAUAAUUUUCGACGCAAAUCUAAGUCUACUGACGAUCGAAACAAUUUUAAAAUUAGCACAGGACUAUAAUAUACCAGGAGAGAUCUGCGGCCCCAACUCCUGUUGCUCGAAGAAAUCCGAACUGGAAAUGAGAAAAAUGAGCGAAUCUUUGGAUCAUUUCGUGAUGAGUGAAAUAUUCGGUUUGUCGUCCGUUGUUGACACUCGGGCCAGGAAAUUCGAUGGACUUUUCCGGAGUUUGAUGAACGCCUCCAAGUUGCAAUUCCAUGAUAUGUUCCAGAGGACGUACGGCAAGAUCUACUUGCAAAAUUCGGACGUUUUUAGUAAUUUUUUCGAUAAAUUGGAGACGUACUACAAUAGGGGCGCGAGCCGACUUUCUGACACUCUGGAUGCCUUUUUCGUUAUUCUUUAUCAGCGGAUGUUUACUGUCAUCAAUAGUCAAUACCAGUUUGAUGAGAAAUACUUGGAUUGUCUUUCUGACCACAUGGGUGACGUCAAACCUUUCGGAGACGCCCCUCGGAAGUUCACUCUGGAAUUGAAAAGAUCUUUUGUGGCGACGAGGGCCUACUUCAUGGCUCUUGCGACUGCUGCCUCCGCCGCCAAGAAACUCCAAAGUGUGUCUAUAGACAGGGAAUGUGAGAAAGACUUAGUGAAAAUGCUUUAUUGUGGCAGUUGUAAUGGAAUGAGGGGUUUAGGGCCCUGCUCGGACUAUUGCACGGCCGUCGUGGGGUCGUGUUUGAGGCAUCACACAGCUUUCAGUUCCGAUUGGGAUAAUUUCAUAGACGCACUCGAUAAGGUCGCUGAUCGGUUGCUCGGACCUUACAACAUUGAACUAGUCGUCGAACCGCUCAACGUAAAAAUUUCCGAAGCAAUAAUGAACUUUCAAGAAUCCGGGACCGAAGUGAGUCAAAAAAUUUUCAAGAUGUGUGGUCAACCGACCCUUGAUAGGAAACGAAGAGAAACGAAUUAUAAAGACAAUUUGGAAGACAAUCCAAAUUAUGAGAUUAAAAGAUACCCCCCAUUGAAACGCAUCCACGGGAAAAAGAAGAAAACGAAAUUUUCUUACACCAAUGGGAACGAAACUCCGCUCGAGAAACUCGUCAGGGAAAUCAAAUUGAAAUUGUCCCAUAUGCGUCAGUUUUGGGCCCACCUGCCCUACCAGUACUGCAACAGCAUCUCAGCCCCCCUCAGUUCGGACCAGUGCUGGAACGGCGUCUCCGUGGGCGAGUACACCGGAAACAUUACACGGCCGUCGACGCCGCUCUCCACUGUUGUCAAAGACCAGAUCUACCACCUGCAAGUCUACACUGAUACGCUCCGAAAGGCGUACCACGGCGAGGAGGUGGAGCUUGUGGACGACUCGGACGAUCUUCUUGACGGGAGCGGCUCAGGCUCGGGUGAUUUUGAGAUCGCCGCCCCCGAUUACGUACCCAGGGCUGAGGAUAUUGUCCCUAAAGUGGUGGACGAGGCGCCGCCCCCGAGUACGGCCGGGCCGGAAGUGACACGGCCGUACUCGGGGACAGCAAAGAUGUCGCUGUCCAAAGCCCUGGCGCAAUUCCUACUGCCCAUCGUGCUUGUCUGGUUCGGAGGUGCCAUAUCGGACUUACUGUGAUAAGUUAUUGUAAAUAAAGUGAAGUCAUUAGGGACCCGAGACUUUUUGUGUACAUGUUUUGUAACAUUUCCCAUGUAAUGUGAACUUUAGAUGUAUUUAUAUUAACAAAGAAAAAUAUACAAAAUACAUUUUUAAA